UAGCGGCGGCGGGAGGUAGAACAUCUCUCUGUGUCAUCGCCUUAUACUUGUGGCAUCGCUGCCACCGCCGCCGCCGGGUCACUCACCAGCCAACAUCGGCCAAAGUUCUCAGAAAUAAAGAUGCUGUCUAGGCUAUUCCGCAUGCAUGGCCAGUUUGUGGCCUCUCACCCCUGGGAAGUCAUCGUGGGGACUGUGACUCUCACGAUCUGCAUGAUGUCAAUGAACAUGUUCACUGGGAAUGACAAAAUCUGUGGAUGGAAUUAUGCUUGCCCCAAAUUUGAGGAAGAUGUUCUGAGCAGCGACAUCAUCAUCCUGACAAUCACAAGAUGCAUCGCCAUCCUUUAUAUUUAUUUCCAGUUCCAGAACCUCAGGCAGCUCGGCUCAAAAUACAUUUUAGGGAUUGCUGGGCUUUUCACCAUCUUCUCAAGCUUUGUCUUCAGCACAGUGGUCAUUCACUUCCUAGAUAAAGAACUAACUGGCCUUAAUGAAGCUCUUCCAUUUUUCCUGCUUCUGAUUGAUCUUUCCAAGGCUAGUGCUUUAGCCAAAUUUGCUCUAAGUUCCAACUCACAGGAUGAAGUCCGAGACAAUAUUGCCCGUGGCAUGGCAAUUUUAGGACCUACCUUUACCCUUGAUGCACUUGUUGAAUGUCUUGUGAUUGGAGUUGGCACAAUGUCAGGUGUGCGGCAGUUAGAAAUCAUGUGUUGCUUUGGCUGCAUGUCUGUCCUUGCCAACUAUUUUGCCUUCAUGACCUUCUUUCCAGCUUGUGUUUCACUGGUGUUAGAGCUUUCUAGGGAGAGCCGCGAGGGCCGUCCAAUCUGGCAGCUCAGUCAGUUUGCUAGUGUACUAGAAGAAGAGGAGGAUAAUAAACCAAAUCCCGUUACUCAGAGAGUGAAAAUGAUUAUGUCCUUGGGAUUGGUCCUUGUUCAUGCUCAUAGUCGAUGGAUAAGUGAACCCUCAUCCCAAAACAGCACUUCAAUUGGUGACCAUGAAGUUUCCACCAUGCUGGAUGAUAUGAUGCCAAAGAGAGUUGAGCCCAGCAUGCCCCUCUGGCAGUUCUAUCUUUCCAGGAUGGUGACCAUGGAUGUAGAGCAGAUCAUUACUCUUGGGCUUGCUCUUCUCCUUGCCGUGAAGUACAUAUUCUUUGAGCAAACUGAGACAGAAUCAACCUUCUCUCUAAAGAACCCCAUAAUCUCCCCCGUAGCUGUGCAGAAGAAGCAAGCAGAGAGUUGCUGCAGACGGGAACCUGAACAAGAAAAAACAGUCAUUGUUUCCUCAACAGAAGACGCUUCAUCAAAGGAGGAAAAAGAGGCAGUUAUAAGACCAUUACCCCUUGAGACAUCACCCAAAGCCAAGUUUAUGGUGGGAGAUUCUUCUCCAGUAGAAUUGUCCCCAGAAGAAAAAAAUACAUCAUUUGACCUGCCGGAGGAACCCCGUCCACUUGAUGAAUGUGUUCGUAUCCUCAAGAAUCCAGAUAAAGGUGCCCAGUAUCUGACUGAUGCAGAAGUCAUCAGCCUAGUGAAUGCCAAGCAUAUCCCAGCCUACAAACUGGAAACUAUGAUGGAAUCUCCUGAGAGGGGCGUGGCUGUUCGUCGGCAAAUGUUGGCUGAUAAGCUGCCCCAACCAUCAGCACUGCAGAGCUUGCCCUAUAAGAACUACAACUACUCUUUAGUAAUGGGCGCUUGUUGUGAGAAUGUCAUCGGCUACAUGCCCAUCCCUGUAGGUGUAGCUGGACCUCUCUUUCUGAACAACAAAGAGUAUCAGGUGCCCAUGGCAACAACUGAAGGGUGUCUUGUGGCUAGCACCAACAGAGGUUGCAGAGCCAUAAUGCUGGGAGGAGGUGCCAGAAGUCGUGUUCUAGCCGAUGGAAUGACUCGUGGACCAGUUGUUAGGUUACCAACUGCCUGUGAUGCAGCAGAAGUAAAGGCCUGGCUUGACAGCAUGGAGGGAUUUAAAGUCAUAAAGGAUGCUUUUGAUAGCACAAGCAGAUUUGCUCGACUUGGGAGACUACAAACCUGCGUUGCUGGCAGGAACCUGUACAUUCGUUUCCAGUCAAAAACGGGAGAUGCCAUGGGAAUGAACAUGAUUUCAAAAGGCACUGAGAAAGCUCUCUCUAGACUACAAGAAGAGUUCCCUGAACUCCAUGUCUUGGCCGUCAGUGGCAACUACUGUACAGAUAAGAAGCCUGCUGCUAUUAACUGGAUAGAGGGUAGAGGAAAGUCUGUGGUGUGUGAAGCAAUCAUUCCAGCCAGAGUUGUACGGGAGGUUCUAAAGAGCUCAACAGAAGCAUUAGUUGAAGUAAAUAUCAACAAGAAUCUGAUUGGUUCUGCAAUGGCGGGAAGCAUCGGCGGCUACAAUGCCCAUGCCGCAAACAUUGUGACUGCCAUUUACAUUGCUUGCGGACAGGAUGCUGCUCAGAAUGUUGGGAGCUCCAAUUGCAUCACAAUAAUGGAGGCCACUGGUCCUAUGAAUGAAGAUUUGUACAUCAGCUGCACAAUGCCCUCUAUUGAAAUUGGAACUGUAGGAGGUGGAACCAACUUGGCUCCCCAGCAAGCUUGCUUACAGAUGCUGGGGGUGCAAGGAGCAAGCACAGAGGCACCAGGGAAGAAUGCAUGCCAACUCGCUCAGAUCGUCUGUGGCACAGUUAUGGCAGGGGAACUGUCACUAAUGGCAGCUUUGGCAGCGGGUCAUCUAGUCAAGAGUCACAUGGUCCACAACAGGUCAAAAAUGAACCUUCAAGACCUGCCAGGCACAUGCACAAAGAAAGCUGCCUAAUUGGCCACGGAUAAAGUGAAUCUUAAAAUGAACUUCUCUGAGAAAUGGUGCUUUAUCACAGAACAACACAAGUUGGUGCCCUGUCUACCCAAGAAAGCAACUUGCCUCACCUACAAAUGGCUUCCCGGGCCUAAAGUGCACAAACAGCAGCAACUGUGCCUCUUAUUGGGCCUAAAGAGCCUCCCAAUGACCUUGUUAAUCCAGUCUUGUGUUGAUGAUGGCAACUUAAAAAGAAACUUAAUUAACACAUUGGUCUGUGUUGUUUUUAUUUUUAAAGCCCAGCUUUGUUUCUAAGGCUGUUUUGUAUUAAUUUAUCAGGUCAGUAAUUGUAAUAUACUUUGAUUGUGGAUAGAACAGUAAUUUAUUUGGGGGGGGUUUAUGGAAUUUUAUAUUUGCGAAUAAUUAAUAUAUUCCAUGUGUUAUACAUGCAUAUUGUUUGCUCUGCCCCUCUGGUAAUUGAUCAUUUGAUUACAAAUUCAAGUACUGAAAGGGUUAGUCUUGGUUAUUACGUUCUACUUAAAGCAACAGUAACCAUUCUGCUAUAAAGAUGGGACAUUGCUUCCCUUGGCGUAUCGGCAUAGCUACUAUUAAAUUUGAAGUACUUUUCCCCUGGCCACUAGAGGGAGCUCAAUAUCAGGCUUCCCCACAACUUUACUACUGAUACACACAUUAAAGGGGUUGUACACUUUUAAAUUAACUUUUUGUGUGAUGUAGAGAGUGCUAUUCCAAGUCAACUUGCAAUUAAUCUUCAUUUUUUCUUCAUUUGUGGUUUUUGAGUGACUUCGCCUUUCAUUCAGCAGUUCUUCAGUAUGGAAUGUCAGCAGCUAUCUGGUUGCUAGGGUCCAAAUUACCAUAGCAACCAAAGCUGGAAAGAGUCAGAAAAAGAAAGCAAAUAAUUCGGAAACUAUGAAAAUGAAGACCUAUUGCAAAGUUGCUUGGAAUUGGCCAUUGUAUAACAUACUUAAAGCUAACUUAUUGGUGACCUCCCCUUCCCUACAAGCCAACCAAUCACCAAGCGCUAUUUGAAAAGGCCAAGUUGCCUGUGUGGUCACUCUGCUCUGCCAAAGAGUUGAACUUGCCAUGAAGCAUCUAUUUCUGUUUUUUCUCCUCCCUGCUGUUUUUUCUCUUAUUAAAGGUCAAAAAAACUGUAAGUCUUUAUAAGAUUUUUCAAACUACUUUAAAAGCUGCAAUAAAAGACACCUAUUUUUCUAUA